UUAUAGGCUCUGUAUUUGCUCGCUUUUUGAUGAAGACUGUCGAGACGUUCAUCGUCCACGUCGUCAGCAGGUUGAAGUUAGAAGCAAACAGAGCCCAACCACAAUGUCCAGCAGUGUGCUGUGUGGUCGGGGGAAGGUGGUCCUCUCUCAGGCCGCUGGCUAUCAAGCAUUAGCUGCCCUCCGUGUCGGGAGAACCAGAACCUUCUCGGCUGCGAGCUCAGAUGAGCCGUACAUAGCCGCAUCACCCGCAGACUCAGGCCCCAGGACCGUGUGGCCUGAUGAGAACAUGGGACCAUUCGGACCUCAGGACCAGCGCUUUCAGCUCCCGGGUAACGCUGGGUUUGACUGCCACCUGGAGGGCAUGGAGGACCAAAAGAAGACUCCAGUCCACAGGACGGUGCCUGAUGUACUCACAACCCCGAGCAGCUCAGACAGGCAGCAGUUCAUACUGGCCCAGUUUGUUAAUGAGUUCCACGAAAAACUGGGUCCUAUAUCCACAAGAGUCCACAAAGCUGAGAAGUACUUUAAUCAGACAGGCACAGACUGCUCCGUAUACUCCUGCCCUGAGCUGUUAAAGAAAGAUCUUGAGCUGUUGUUCCCCUCGGCACCCACCACUUCCAUCACAGUUGUAACGGUCACACAGAGGAACAGUCGGUGCGAGGACGCAGCAGAGCAGGACAGAGAGCAGCUGUUUCACAGGUUUGUGAGCGGUGCGAAGGAAAUGUGCUUCUCUCUGUGGACCGCAGGCUACUGGGCAGACUUCAUCGACCCGACAACAGGAGCAGCUUUCUUUGCAUCACCGUCAAGUCAAACCGCGCUGCGAACAGAGGAGGAGCUGAGACAUUUGGGCUUCCACAUCGAGGCGUCAGGCUCCUGCACAGUUAUUCGCCACAUCCUGAGAGGAACGCCUCUGUUUGUGGGGACUGUUUUCACCAAUGCACCUACUCAAAGCGCUGCUAUCGCGAGACUACAAGGACUUACAAAUGUACUCGAUGAUGAGGAAUAGGCUUUUUAAUAUUAUUAUUCCACGGAACUAAAUCCAAACAGGCCUCUAUUUAUGGUGUGAAGAAGUUUGGAGAUUGAUGUACGGUAGUGUUGGAACAUGGUUGUAUCAGUGACAGUUUGUCUUACUCUAACAAGGACUUGGCUGAGACUCUUAAUGUGGACCUGUUUAGUGCAGUGGGAAGGGUUCUGACUGCAAACACUUUAAAAGAUGAUCUUCUGUGUUACGUGAUAUUAAAUGGAAACACUUGACAUGGUCUCAGGCAGCUGUUAGUUGAUUCAAAGAUUUCAACAAUACCUAAUUUAAGACUCUAGCUGAACGAUAUAAGAUCAACAACCUUUCAUACAAACAUGUACAGUAUUGUUUUUCUGUUGCACAGAAUGUAAAGAAAUAUGCAUACUGUUUCAGUUGAAGCACUGCUGAACAAAUAAAGUGAGUCUCAUCAGA